CGCCAGAUUUUAUGCAUACAGUCUAACUAAGGACGGGUAGGCAGCAUCAUGAUGUAUGCUCAGCUUAUCUGUGGACUUCUCCGACGCCAUUACGAGACCGGUGUGAACCGAGGGCAUGGACGGGGGUCAUACCCCAGGCUAGCACAUGCGUACAUACAAGGGACACGCAAGGUACCAUGUACACCACGCAGAGCGGGUUAUAUCGGCAAUGGUCGACUUUCCUUAAGAGGUACGCUCUCGGUUUCAGACGACAACUUGAGAGCGUGAACGUGACCAUCCUGACACAGCACCAGCAGCUCGAGCUCUUGCGACAAGAAUACCACUCCUUUGCGCCAUGGAAGGCAUGAAAAAGCUCGCCAGACUACGACCGCUAGGUUUGUCUCUGCUCUCCUCUCAUUCCUAUGCUUUCAAAGCCGAGCUCCAGUCUGACACGUAGUGUGAUCCAGGGUAAACUGGAGCAGAUCUCGGCGGCGUGCCAUCACCUGGGCUAUUUCAACAAUGUCGGCGUCUCUGCUCACUACCAGCUGUCGUCGUCCAAGCCUGGCUCACUUACGAGUCUGACUACGCGGGACUUGCGCCACCUCAUCUAUACUGCCACAAGAGAGACAGUCCGCAAGCACCGCAUUCUAUCUGCGAUUCCCGUCGACGAGGGAUCUCCCGAGACCUACUUCGGUGGUCUGCCCUCCAUUGAUCUCGCCCGAACCAUCGCGUUCCAUCGACGGUCUCAGGCUGUAGCAGACGGUGGAGAAGGGGAGGACCGAGAGCUUGAUGAAGUUCUCCAAGACCAACACAACACCAACUUCAAGGCUGAUGAGGGCGAGCUGCCAUUCUGGCGCUUGGUGAUCCUUCAUAACCCCGAAGACACAAAAGCCUUCACGGUCUCCUUCAUCUACCACCAUGCCAUUGGUGACGGUGUCGCCGGCGUUGCGUUCCACGACACCUUUCGUCAGUCUUUGAACGCGGCUGCUAUCGAAGCUGAGGUUACAUCCGUGAUCACCGUGCCGCAUCGAGAUGCCACACUACCGCCGCCUCUGGAAGAAGUACACCCCCUACCUCUGAAUUCAACCGCUGCAGCACCGCCAACAGCGUCGGAACUUACCGAAUGGAUGGGAAGCGCGAUCAGCACGCCAUGUCGGACGCAUUGGCAGUCGCUCUACGUCGCACCAGACGCCUCAAAGGCCUUCUUCCAGGCGUGCAAGGAGAAGGGCCUUUCUGUCACGUCUGCGCUGUCAUCGGCCCUCGCGCACGCAGUCUUUGACGUCCUUCCCACUACGCAAGAAGCUUUGACCUGCAUAAUCCCCGUCGACCUACGCCCUUGGCUGCAGCUCCCUCGAGGGACGUCCACUGCCGCCAUGGGGACAUAUUUUGACGCCAUGCGUGUACGAUUCACCCGCGCUGAAUCAACAACAGACGCGUGGGCAGGUGCGCACAACGUGGCCGAGACGCUUCGUGCAUACCGCAACAAUGUGUCGCCCUCGGGAGAGCCUUAUACGGCCGUAGCCGCAUUCCAGGGGAUCCCAGACGUUGGCGUGGUCUUUGAGUCUCUGCGUGGCAAACCACGCGAUGCAGCCCUAGAAGUGACCAACAUUGGUGUCUUUCCCAGUGUGAGCAGUGAGAAUGGCGAAGCUGACGGGGGAGUGUGGAAGGUGGGCAAGGUGUUGCUCAGUCGUAGUGCUGUCGUGUCGGGUGCGGCUGUGACCAUCAGCGUGGCCACCGGUGGCAAUGGAUCGAUGACAGUGGGUUUCAGCUGGCAAGACGGUGUCGUGGAGAGUGAUUUGGUGAAGGAAGUCAGGGAGAGAGUAAGGAGAUUCCUCAGUAUGUGAGGUUGGAUGAGAGCUAGUGCCGUAGUCCCA